AUGGCUGCACCGAGAAUUAUGACUCAAUCGCUGCAGAUUCAAAAGAGCCGCAGCACCUUGGAAAUCGAGGACAAAAUCUGGUCAGCUGUGCUCAAUGCUGAAGAUGGAAAAAUCAAGGAAGCUUUCGAAGACAUUCUGAGACAGCGAAAACAAGACUCUCUGGAUCAUUCUCCUGGAUCUACUCAACCAUCGCCUGGCGCUGAUAUCGAGGCCAACGAUCCACCCGAGGCGAAAGUCACCAGUUGGAUGUCAUCCAUUUACAAGACAAUCCAGACGAUGCGCCACAAGAACACGAAACCCGAACCCGAUAUUUCGGGCGAUAUAGAAGAACAAUUGAGAUCGAUUGCGAAUGGUUCCAGAUACCUGACUGAAGAUGAGGCCAAUCGACUCCCAGUUCGUCAACGGGGAGGGCCACUCUCACUGUUGUUUGUUGCCAUAUGUCUAAGGCACAGCGAAAACGCGAAAUAUCUACUGAAGAGCCCGCAAAUUGACAUUGAUCUGAGCAAGAAGUUCACUUGGAAAGAAUGCACAGUCCUCCACCAGGCAGUAACUGAACGCAACCUUACCAUCGUGUCUCAUAUUCUGAGGCACAGCUCCAUGGCGCCUUUGGAGUAUAUCGAUAUCGGAGACUGUUUGGGCUAUACCCCAUUACACUAUCUUACAGACGAAGUCGGGAUCUCUGGAACUUCUGGCGACAAGGGCAUCGACAACAUGACGAAAAUCCUCACAAAGCUGCUUGAUUAUGGGGCAGAAAUCGACCAUACUAGUGAUUCGGGCUGGACACCACUUCACAACCUGAUACUAGGUGGACCCAGUGAGGCAUCUACGGCUUUUCUAAAAAGCCUUCUCGAAGCAAAAGCAGAAGCAAACACAAAGGAUAACUAUGGUACGAACAGAGACGAAUCUGCGAUUAAAAUGCUACUUGAGUGGGGUGCGGAGCUAGACUGUCUGAACAAUGAACACGAGACGCCCCGACAAUUGUUUCGUAGCCAGGAUCCCUCGAAACCUUUGAACAAAGACCGAGAGGACUUCUUUAGUCGGCAGCUUUCCUUCCUCCAGAUUGAAAGCCAAGGACAGAAGACCCUUGGUGAUCUACCCCUGGCACAUACCGAUAACACAAAAUUCACCCGGCAAGAUUGCAUGCACUUUCCGGUCUACUUCAGGCACCAGUUGGCGUACUAUGAUCCAAAAGCUGACAAGGAGACUUGUCUGUCAUGGAGUCCAACUGGCAUUAAAGUGUCACAUGUUUUGUACCGCCAGCCUGAAGACUCCCAGAUGCUAACUGAAGCUGGUGCUGCUGAAGUGUCACCGGAUGCAGAAAGAUCUGGCGAUGAUGACGAUGAUGAGAAGGAAGGAGAAGCUAGCGAAGGCCACGCUCUAGAGCGGACAUUUCUUUCUGAUUGUGAGUCGGAAUUCACAAAGUCAGUUGUGAAGCUAUCGCUAGAGACAGAACUUGAUGAGCAGCAUUCCUGGAAGUGGAUUAAUUUUCACUCAAACAAUAUGUCCUGGAUCCAGGACUUCAUAAAGGCUAAUUUUCGAUCUUCGGAUUUAUCGACUGUUGAGCCUUAUGCCUGGCGGUUCUUCGAGAGCAAUAUUAGAGUUCGAGAAACAAAAGAUAACAAUGCUCGAAUCAAGGAGAAGCCAGAUACCAAGGAGAGAAAGAAUCCACAGAAUAUUCCGCAGAAGGUACCUGCAAUAGGGUCAAGGUCUGAAGGCGCCAAAGGUUUAGGGGACCAAACGACAACCUCUCCUGAAAAGAGUAACCAGCAAUCAUCUGAUACAAAGGAGGUUCCCCCAUGGGUCAAUGCAGAGUGUUUUGUUAAAGACAGCAGCAUGGUAAGCCUAGUUCUGCCCUUCCUAGACUUCGAGAGUGAGAUGGAGAAAGGAAAAGACGACAUUAGCGAGCAGGAGCGAGUUAUUCAACGCCGGUACUCUCCCUUUACUGGUAUGCACGGGGUUCAACGGUCCCAGACACUUGAUGACACAGCGAGCGGUUUCGGUCAAAGCGGCGGUAGCGCCGAUGAUCUGAGGACAAUAGGAGAACAGGUGAUCUACAGGUGGUCGAAGGACAAGUCAGAAGCUCAAUCGAAGGAUGGAAAUCAAGAUGUCAAGGCCGCAGACUUCAGGACCAAGAGUCCAAGAAAACCGCGUAACUGGCUACAGAAAUGGUUUCAGGAACAGGUCAAAGGAGGUGCUGAAGAAGCUGCAGCUGAGAACGACUCGACCUCUCAAGCGUUCGAGGGAUUCGAGCUUAGAGCUCUGGGGGGACAAAACGACAGAAGAGUCAACCCAGCCAAGAACGAGACAAUCCAAAAGAAAGUCAGGAUAGAGGCUGGAACCAACGAAAGAGCAAACGGCAAAAAGGUCAACAGAGCCAAGGACAAAGCCAUCCAGCAAGACCUCCGUAAAAGCUGGCUGAUGGUGCGCCAACUAUGGCUCUGGAAACUCGAUGAAAGAGACCUGAUUAAACGUAUUGUGUCUGAAACGGUCAAGUUCAUUGAUGAAUUCAAAUGGGCUGGACUUGGGCAUCAUGUGCUGGACAUCUUUGAAGGAGAGAUUAGUAAAGAGAUGGAUAAAGAAGCAGGAUACUAUAAGUAUUUCGAAACCACCGUAAAGGACCUCGACUUGGUUAACAAAACAAUUUCGGAGGCUGCCCACUCGACAUGGCAACUAAAGGACAUUCGAGAUGAACUUCGUCUCCUACAAAGGCUCUUUGAGACACAACUUGAUGUAGUGAAGAAGGUUGCUGAGAUGCUUUGGCCGACCAAGCUUCCAGGGAAGCCGAGCCUGACCAAGGAUGAUCGCCAAACCUUGAGAUCAAACUUUAUUCGCGACCUGGGGCUUGAGAAUCUGAUACAGCGCGUAAAGAGACUUAAUCAGGAUGCUUACACAACGCUUGAAGGGGUCAGCACUAUCAUUCAAGCUAUGCAAGCACAAGCGUCCCUCAAAGAAGCUGAAUCCGCUAGAUUUAUGAACCACAUAAUCCUUCCAUUCACUAUCGUAACAGUUAUUUUUACCCCCCUUUCAUUCCUGACGAGUCUGUUUGCAGUGAACUCUGAUGGGUUCCCGCAUAACGAUGACGGGGAACUAAGAAUACCCGCUGACUGGCUGGGAUGGAAUUUAAUCUUUCCUUCACGCCUUAUUAUGCGUUUUAUUGCUAAAAUGUCACUUGAGCUUGAAUCGUCCAUCAUCUGGGCCUUGAGCCUGCCCAUGCUUCUCCAAACGUCGACUGUCGUAGGCGCCUUGGUACUUGGAUACAUUGUUUACUAUCGAUACCUCCACCCACUGGCCAAGUACCCUGGUCCUCCCCUCGCCUCGGUCACCAACUUGUGGAAGACCUACCAUCUUUGGAACUUGCGUCUCCCGCAUAUGCUUGUUCAUCUGCAUGAGCAGUAUGGCGACGUCGUACGGGUCGGAACAAAUGAUUUGUCGUUUCGCAAUCCCGAUGCUGUCAAUACCAUCUAUAAGGCAGGCGAGCUCGCCUUCAGCAGAAGUUUUGACUCUCAAGAUGAAAGAGACAUAGCCCGGCUGCCACCCAUCAACGGCCAUAUAUACCUUGCUUGCAUGAUGGGAAUGACACCGGAAGCUCUCCUGUGGAUCAAGAAAGCCCUACCUUUCAUCCCAAUUCCAUGGCUGCGACGUCUGUUUAACGCUCGUGCACAACUUCGAGAUCUGACUGCGGCGUGUGUCCGCCAGAGGAUUGAAGCUGGUCCCAGCGGCCGCAAGGACCUUCUUUCGUGCUUGUUGCUCGCCGUUGACCCUGAGACUGGGUCCAGGCUUACCGAGUUGGACAUAAAUACCGAGGCCUUUGCAAUGAUGUAG